AUGGCUGAUUCUUCUUCCACUACGGCAGGGAAACUGGGUAAUAAUAAUGUGAGCGAAGGAACAGUAAGGAAAGCUGUAAACGCUCUCCUCAAAUGGAAGAAACUCCAGUGGAAAAGCCCCACCACCCCACGACAAUCCGCAGAAGGAGAUGAAGAAGACAACGAUGAUUUGAUCUACCUGGUUCUGACUCUCAAGAAAAUCCCACCCAAAGACCUCUCCCCAGUAUCAAAUCCCAUCAAAAUCCCACUCCCCCACCCCCUCCAAUCCUUCUCCGAUAUCUGCCUCAUUGUGGGCGACAAGCCCACUCAGGUCCUUUGCAACCCCAUCAAGACCACACUCGCCUCCGAGGCCGUACAGAAGAAGAUUAAAUCCCUAGGUAUCCCAAUCACCAGAGUCCUCAAGCUCUCCAAGCUCAAAUCCGACUUCAAAUCAUUCGAGGCCAAGCGAAAGCUAAACGAAUCGCAUGACUUGUUUCUGGCAGAUAAAAGGGUGGUUCAUUUGCUUCCGGGCGUUCUGGGGAAACAAUUUUACAAGAACAAGAAGAGGGUUCCAGUGCCGGUGGAAUUGAAGGGUAAUGGGAACUGGAAGGAGGAGAUGAAUGCAGCUGCUGCUUGUAAAUCGACUCUGUUGUGUUUCGGGUCCGGGACUUGUACUGCGGUGAAGGUUGGGAAUGGGAAUGGAGUUAUGGAUAGUCAAGAAAUAAUGGAGAAUGUUGUUGCUGCUAUAGACGCAAUCGCUUCUCUUGUUCCCAAGAAGUGGGCUGGCAUCAGGGCUCUUCACUUGAAGCUUUUGGAUUCUGUGGCAUUGCCCAUUUACGACUCGAAUGAAGGUAAUGCAUAG